GUGACAAUCGUUGACAUGGAACGUUGGCAGAAUGGCAUAGCUGUCGUGACUGGAGCUAGUUCCGGCAUAGGAGCUGUGAUCAGCCGGAAACUAAUAGCCUCUGGGAUGAUUGUAGUCGCACUGGCCCGCCGCCUGGAGCGGCUGGAACAAUUGCGUCAGGAUUUGGCCGAGGAGCAGCGAUCCCAGCUGCACAUCCGGCAAUGCGAUGUCACGGAUUUGCAGUCGGUUAAUGCUGCCUUCGAUUGGAUUGAAACAGAACUGGGAGGACCGGAUAUACUUAUUAAUAAUGCGGGCAAGUUAUCAGGUGGACAGCUGGUGACCAUGUCACUGGAUAAGGUGCAGCAGGUGCUACAGACAAACGUCAUGGGCGUAGUUUAUUGUACGCAACGAGCCUUUCAAUCAAUCCGUGAACGGAAUACACCCGGCCAUGUGGUGUUAAUGAACAGCAUUGUUGGACAUUAUCUAUUUAACCCACAGCCCGGCAGACUCCAGGAGCUCAACAUGUAUCCAGCCACGAAGCAUGCUUUGUCCGCCAUGACAGAGGUUUUUCGUCAGGAGUUUCGCGAUCUUAAGACCCAGAUUAAGGUUACGAGCAUAAGUCCAGGCCUGGUGGAUACGGACAUGGUGCCGCAGGACUAUAAGCGACUGCCGAUGCUGCAGCCGGAGGAUGUGGCCAAUGCGAUCAUGUAUGCCUUGGCAACACCGCCGCAUGUCCAAGUGCACGAAGUAACCAUUAAGCCAAUGGGGGAACCGUUCUGAGGGCCCCUCUAACGAUAUGGAAUAUUUUGGAAUUAUUGGAAUACAAAUAAAUAUACAGGCCUGUUCCGGUUUUCACUUCAUA